AUUACACCUCUUUUUAUCUUUGGUUAUGUUAUUAGAGAAUUUUAUUUUGGACUAUUAUUAAUUCCUUUGCCAAAGGAUGCUCUUCUCUAUGUUUUGUGUAAGGAAACAAAUAUUUCUACUUUCCUCAAUGAAUUGAAUAGCCUAACUCUACAACAAGGAUUUAGUUACAGGUGUAAAAAUCUGGUAAAAAAAGGUGGCAAAACUUUCCUUCCAUACUUCCAACAAUUCAGAGCAUGUGAAGCGGGAUUGUGUCUGGAAUUAAGAUCACACUAAAACUGUUGAGCAACUGUGUCUGAGCGUGUUUGGACAUGCGGUUUCCACCUAUCAGUGGCAUUUCCUUAGCUCUUAUUCUUCCGCUCUGUAAGUUUGUUUGUUUUUUCUUCAAAAACUCUUUUAUUAAUCUCUCCAAUUUUUUCACUUUGCUGGAAGGUUUCUCUCUCUGUACCGGAUCUAGAGGUCCCAGUUUUGGAAGGUGAAAGCACAGUGGAAUAUUAUGUAAGACAGUUCAAGCACUUCAACAGACCUCUUUUAAUGAUAAGAGUCUGGCAGCGAGGCUGGUGUGAGUGUGUGUUGAUUCAGUAGAAGCUGUUGGUUUUGAGUGAGAUUCACUUUCUCUGGUCACAGCGAAAGUUUGUGAGGGUGUGUUAAUGUGCAAGAGUUAUCUGAUCCCAUCGUAAGUGGGAGGUGCUCAGGGGUGGAGCUCCAGUGAGGGGCAGAAAUCUACAGGCUGCAGCCUCUCAAACAUGAGCAAACUGACUUUCCAUAAUAACAAGAUGAUGCAGGACCGCCGGUGUGUGUGUAUAUUCCUCCCAAAUGAUGAAACGCUUAAUGUCAUUGUCAGUGUUAAGACUGUAUGUCAGGAGUUGUUGGUGCAGGUCUGUGAUUUGCUCAGGUUGAAGGACUGUCACCUUUUCGGUCUCAGUGUUAUUCAGAACAAUGAACACAUAUACAUGGAACUAGUACAGAAACUGUCAAAAUAUUGUCCAAAAGAGUGGAAACGUGAGGCCAGCAAGGGAAUUGACCAGUUUGGACCUCCAAUGAUAGUUCACUUCAGAGCACAGUAUUAUGUGGAGAAUGGCAGACUUAUCAGUGAUCGCGUGGCCCGGUAUUAUUACUAUUGGCACUUGAGAAAGCAGGUACUGCAGUCUCAGUGUAUCCAGAGAGAAGAGGCCUAUUUCCUGCUGGCAGCAUUUGCACUGCAGGCUGACCUGGGAAACUUCAAACGGAACAAACACUUUGGUGCCUAUUUCCAGCCGGAAGCUUACUUUCCCUCCUGGGUAAUUGCUAAAAGAGGAUGUGACUAUAUUCUGCGUCAUAUUCCAAACAUGCACAAAGAGCAGUUUGCUCUUACAGCAUCAGAGGCCCAGCUGAAGUACAUCAAGGAAGCGGCGCUCUUGGACGACGUGACUGUUCAUUAUUAUCGCCUUUACAAGGAUAAGAAAGAGUUGGAGGCCUCUUUAACACUGGGACUCACUUUACGUGGGAUUCAGAUUUUUCAGAAUGUGGGAACUGUCAGGCAGCUCUUGUAUGAUUUUCCCUGGACCCAUGUGGGAAAACUGGUGUUUGUGGGGAAGAGGUUUGAGAUUCUUCCUGAUGGUUUGCCCUCAGCCAGAAAGCUCAUCUACUACACUGGCUGCCCUCUGCGUUCACAACAUCUCCUGCAACUGCUCAGCAACAGCCACCGACUGUAUAUGAACCUACAACCUGUGCUCAAACAGGUUCGACGUCUAGAGGAAAAUGAAGAGAAGAAACAGUACAGGGAGUCAUAUAUCAGUGAUGCUCUGGAGGCAGACAUGGAUCAUUUGGAUCAGCGGUCACGUGCCAGCGGCAGUAGUGCAGGCAGCACAUCACGACCAAAUCCAUUUUCACGACACUCCUCCACAAGUCACGGCAGCUCCCGCACAUCUGGUGUCGAUACAGACAGUUUCCGAAUCCCUACAAUCACACUACACCGACCACUGAGAACACACUCCUCUUCCAACACAAGCCACGCCAGCACACGCACAUCUGGCAUUGAGAGCAGCAGCAAGGAGCACUGCCUGGAUGAAGACGAGAUCGAGAUGUUGGUUGAUGAUCCAAAAAGUUGUGAAGAUCUUGAUGAUUUGAAACUCAAUCAGGAUCUGUGUAUCCACAUAACAGAGGACAUGCUGACGUCAGCACACAACAAUGGCUGCUCCGGGUUAGUGGUGAAGGAAGUCAGUUCUUCCACCUCCAGCUCGUCAGAGACGGUAGUGAGAAUGAGAGGCCAGAGCAUUGAAUGUCUCCCCCAGACGGUGACGGGCAGGAAGGGUCAAAGCUCCACAGAUCAACACAGCCAGUCACUGGAUGAUGUUCGUAUGUUCCAAAGGAACUGCCAGCAGUGGGCCGAGCUUUGCCAGGACAGCGCACACAGUUAUACGUUCGGCUGUGAGACGGACCUCAUGGACACAGUUGGCUGUGGUUACCAUGGAUUUGCAGAGCAGUGUGCUGGUAUCUGGAAUAACCAGAACGCUUUUACUAUCAAGAGAACCAGCAAGCAUUUCUCACUGGAUCUGGACAGAGAGGAUCGGACCACAGAGCACCUGGCCACAGAAGCAGAACCAGAGUUUGUGGUGUGAGGCAGAGAGUAUUAAAAAGAGCCCCAGAACAAAACAAAGAUAAUAGGACAUUAUUAUAAAAGAGAUAGUUCACCCAAAAAUGAAAAUUCUGUAAUCAUUUACUCAUUUUCAUAUUGUUCCAAACCUGUAUGACUUCCUUUCUUUAGUGGAAACACAAAAGGGAAAAUUUUUGAUUAAGUAUAACCAGGUCAGUCUUCCAUAUAAUGAAAGUGAAUGAGAUUUGACAAGCUUUGAAAUGACAAAAUAUUGCCAUGAAUGUACAACUUGUGCUCUAUAUUCCAAGUCCUCUGAAGUCAUAUAUUAGCUUUGUGUGUGGAACAGAAUAAAAAGUUGUUAUUCACUGAAAACCUUCUUAUCCACCCCAGCUCUCUUUGGCGCAUUCAUGAGAGAAGUAGCAAGGUCUGAUUUAUCAGAGGGCCAAAUCUUUUCAAUGUAUUGAUCCAGUUAACAAAACUAAUCUGAAUGAUUUUUUCACGAAUCAGAAUGAUAUGGUUUUCAAGUUCAAAUUACUGACUGAAUUAUUUGAAAACGGCAGUUAACUGAUCAAUGGAGGGAAAGAUUAUCAGAGAAUAGCAACUUAAAUUUCACUAUUGUAUGGUUUCAGAACAUUUUCCAUCUUUGUGAUAUUUUAUGGUUAUUUUUUGCUUGAAAGGAUCUUGGAAUAGUUCACCCAAAAAUGAAAGUUCUCUCAUAAUUUACUCAACCUCAUGUCAUCCCGAUGUGCAUGACUUUCUUUGUUCUGCUGAACUUAAAGAUUUUUAGAAGAAUAUUUCAGCUCUGUAUGUCCUCACAAUAUAAGUGAAUGGUGACCAAAUAUGUGAAGCUCCAUAAGACUCCAAUGGUUAAAUUCAUGUCUUCAGAAUUGAUAUUAGGGUGAGAAACAGAUAAAUAUUUAACAAAUUUUUUUUUUACUAUAAAUCUCCACUUUUAUAUUCUUUUGUUUUUGUUGAUUCACAUUUUUCGUGCAUAUCGCCACCUAGUGGGCAGGGAGAAUUUAUAGUAAAAAAGGAUUUAAAUGUUGAUCUGUUUCUCACCCACACCUAUCCAUGUGCAUUUUGGAGCAUCAGCGUUCUGGUCACCAUUCAACUGACCUACAGAGCUGAAAUAUUUUUCUUAACAUUUUUGUUGGUGUUCUGCAAAAUAAAGAAAGUCAUGCACAUCUGGGAUUGCAUAAGGGUAAGUAAAUUAUGAGGGAAUUAUCAUUUUUGAGUGGACUAUCCCUUUUAUGCCACAGUCCUCAUUCACUUUCAUUACAUGGACAAGAGUAACUAGAAUAUUCUUCAAAAAUUCGCUUUCUGUGUUAAACAGAAUAAAGACAGUAACAGGAGUUUGGAAUGAUAUGAGGGUGACAUAUUGUCAUUUUGGGAUUUUUAUAUGUGUGUAUCUAAAACAAGCAAGAGAAUCUGCACCAUUUGAAUGCCAAAAGUGUCAAAUCUAGAAACAGCUGCCUUACCAAAGCAUCCAGUCGCGUGUGUAUGUGUGUGUGGUACUGGCUGUCCUAAAUAAACCCUUAGUGCCUUGAAUACACUAUGCAGGUUCUUAGAACACAAACUAAAGUUUCUGCACUCUUGUUUACGUCUUCCAUUAAACUAACCACUCCGUCUCCAAGAAAAACGCCCUACUUUUGUCUCCGAAAAUAACACUAAACCUAAUGAGCUCUUUGGGAUUGUAGGAACUGAAUCAUGUGAGCUUCAUAAUCAGAGGGGAAGUGCUGGAGUGUCCUGCCCUGUAGCAUGAAUGCCUGAUGGGAUUUCAGGCCGGCGUGGCUCUUGUUUAAAAAAUAUUUUGCACAUAGCCGAAACUGGAGCUGAUCGAGGGGGAAAUAAAUGUGUCUUUUUUUUUAUUUAAAUUUUUUUUAUGUAUCUUCAAAUUUUUUUUCCCCCCUCUCAGAUCAUUUUGUUUAUUUGCCAAACUGGAAUUUGUGUAUGGAGUUGCUCUGUUAUUACCUUAAUAUGUGGUUUUAUAAAGAAUGACUGCUGUGUAUUUUUAAUGGUAUGUUGCCUGUCAGUAUUAAGCUGUUACUGGGAGUAAGUAUUAGAAACUUUAAAGGGAUAGUUCACCUGAAAUUGAAAAUUUUAUUUUCAUUUAUUCACCCUUAUUUCUUUCAUAAUCCGCCUGACUUUCUUUCUUCCAUUUAAAACAAAAGGAGUUAUUAUUAGCAGAAUGUCCAAGCUGCUUUUUUCCAUACAAUGAAAGCGAAUGGUGACCACCGUUAUCAAGCAAGAUUUUCCGUAAAUUACAGCUUACAUUUUUGUUACACGCACAAAGCUAUAUAAAUAGUUCAUGAGUUGUAUCGAAUGCUUUUAUGCUGCUUUUUUGUCCUUUUGGAGAUUGACAGAGCCUGGUCCCCAUCCACUUCGAAUUUGGAACAACAUGACGGUGAGUAAAUCACAAAAUUUUAAUUUCUGGGUGAACUAUCCCUUUAUGAAAAGGUUACAAGAUGCAUUUCUUCCAUCAAAAAGAGAAAGAUAAUGUGUGUGUGUGUUAACACACUGUUCAAAGAAAGGUAGAACCUAAACAUGAAGCAUAUCACAUCUGAGGAUACUUUUUAUUAAUCAUGCAGCAUAGGUCAGUGCAGAGUUCUGUUUGACAAAGAAACCCACCAAUAGUCGAACUUCUCCCCCUUUAAAUGGGUGAUUUGGAGGUCUUUGGAUGAACAGCAUUAAAAAGCUCAAGUGCAUAUGGGCCUCUAUGUCAUGUGACUGUACAUUGUGCUGAAUACUAGUACAGUAGCUAUAAAUGCCCCUACCUGUCUUCACAUUCAUCUCUGUUACACCCCUUAAAACACAGCAAUGAAUUGGAAAUAGCAGUUUUACACAUAUUGAUCAGUUGUGAAGCUGUCUAAUUGUUAAUUUUUUGAACUCCAUAUGAUUGAUGGGAAGAUUUGUUGUGCUGUGGUGUCUGUCUGAACAUGUCAUUUGCUACUCAAUGUACUGUUUACCCUUUGUGUCUGCAGCUUGACUUUGUCCUUUCUGUGAAAGGAAUUCCCUAUGUGAAAAUGAAAUGAUUUUUCCAGUGUCUUUGCAGGCCCAUUUGAUUCUGUUACCACAUUUAAGUGUAUUUUGUGCCUUGCAGGUGCCAAAGUCCUCAAAUGUUUGCAAUAAAAGGUACUUCCAUUUGUAAGUUAAUCUGUCCUGCAUUGUUUUGUAUGCAGUUCUUUGAAGAAGUCUUUGUCACAGUCACCGCUCCAGAACAUCCCAUUAAUCAGUCUUUGCAUGAAUAUGUUCAUGAAUAACCUUGAUAAUGAAGAAAACAAAAGAACUAAGAGGACACAUAGGAUCUAUAAUGGGUUUAGGCUACUCAUAAUCCCAUGUUCGAACACAAUCCAUUACAUUGCAAUGGACUUUUUUUUUUUUUUUUUAAUCUGGUGAAAUUAUGUCCAGCUCACCAAAAUCAAAAGAAAUAAAGUAUAUUUUGCAUAAUGAAGCCACUUUUUUGUGUGUGAAUUUCCUUUAUUUCUAGCACAAAUUGUC